AUGGGCGUACUACAACCCGGCCGGCGUGAUUCGCGCGCUUCGGUCCUGUCACAUCGGAAUUGGAGUUUCGACCGUGAUCUGGACGCUUCCAUCCCAUCACAGUCACUGGUGGAACACGCCAAUUUGGGUAGCUCCCCCGGCGGCGUGGAGGCGUCCAGCUACAAUGGCUCAGCCAUGAGAACCCCCAGUCGCUCGUUCUACCAUCGCUCUUUUAACACCACAAAUGACCCGGCUCACUAUGCAUCGGACGGUCUCCGCGAACAAACGGCCGAACUCGCGACAUACGGCCUAUCUAUAAACAAAGAGCCCUCGCGCACCCGAACAAGCCUACCCCCAAGCUUAGAUCUCUUCCGUGAACGCCGAUUCUCCAGUAUAUCCCAGAACCAGAAUGACUUCGCCGGCUCGUCGCACUCGGUUGUGGACGAGGCGAUAGAUGAGUCGGAUGCUACCCCCCAAGAGCCGAUGCUGGGUUCCUCGGCCUUGACCCAGAUGAUUCGUCAACCUACCUCGAGUCCUCUGGAAGACCAUGGCAGACCCAUGUCAGAAAUCGAACCCUUUCCACCUUUACCCACCAUUCACGAUGAACCGGAACCCCGAGAUACAGAACGAACCUCUUUAUUAACCAAGACACGAUCCAAAUCCCCGCACCGUUAUGGCACGCUUGAAGACAUUGAAAACCAAGCAGGAGCUGCGCGACGGUCUUCUACCGUUCUUACCAAGGGACUCGCCACGGUGGCCAAGUGUUCCCGGACAAUAAUGAAUCCAAAAUGCUGGGAUCGUCGUGCCAUCUGGCAGCAAGGAAUCGUGCAUCCGGCCAGUUUGAUUCCUGCGGUCCUGCUGGGUCUUCUUCUCAAUAUUCUGGAUGCGCUAUCUUAUGGCAUGAUUCUGUUUCCUCUGGGAGAACCCUUGUUCGCUAAUCUUGGAGCGGACGGAAUCUCCAUGUUUUAUGUCAGUACCAUUAUUGCUCAGGUGGUGUUCUCAAGUGGUGGAUCAAUUUUCAAAGGAGGAAUUGGCAGCGAAAUGAUUGAGGUGGUCCCGUUCUUCCACCAGAUGGCAUUUGCCAUCAUGAAUCGGGUUGGCAAAGACAACCCGCAAUCAGUCAUUGCGACAACUAUUCUUGCCUUCUCGGUGAGCUCGAUCUUGACCGGCUUGGUCUUCUUCUUGAUGGGUGUGUGCGGGCUGGGUUCCCUGAUUGGAUUCUUCCCGCGUCAUAUUCUUAUUGGUUGCAUCGGUGGUGUUGGCUAUUUCCUCCUGCAAACUGCUGUCGAGGUCUCCGCCCGUCUGCCAGGAACUCUUGAAUAUAAUCUGGUCACCUUACAGAAGUUGUUUCAUGCGGAUACGGUUGCACUUUGGAUUAUACCGUUAUCCCUUGCGAUUGGACUUCUUGUCCUGAAGCGCUUCAUUCGAUCAAACUUCCUUGUCGGAGCUUAUUUCAUUGCCGUUGCUGUGAUGUUUUACAUCGUUGUUCUCAGCGCUGGGGUGUCCAUGGAUACACUUCAUGCCAAGGGAUGGGCUUUCGAUGCUCCAUCGUCCAAUCAUCCCUGGUACCACUUUUACAGUCUAUAUGACUUUUCUGCAGUGAACUGGACCGCCUUCGCGGAUACACUUCCAGCCAUGUUCGCGUUGACCUUCUUUGGUGUUCUCCACGUGCCGAUCAAUGUCCCUGCUUUGGGAAUCUCCACGGGAGAAGAUAAUCUCAACGUUGAUCGAGAGCUGAUGGCUCACGGUGUGACGAAUGCCGUCUCAGGAUUUGCGGGUAGCAUUCAGAACUACCUGGUCUAUACGAACAGCCUACUCUUCAUCGCCAGCGGCGGUGAAUCGCGCUUGGCCGGUUUGAUGCUUGCAGCUGCAACGGGAGGAAUUAUGGUCAUUGGUCCAGUCAUUAUUGGGUACAUCCCGGUCAUGGUCGUUGGUGCUCUCAUUUUCUUGCUGGGAAUUGAGCUACUGGAGGAAGCGUUGGUGGACACCUGGGGAAAGCUCACACGGCUCGAGUAUCUCACAGUUCUCAUCAUUGUUGUCACUAUGGGCGCUUGGGACUUUGUCAUGGGUAUCCUAGUUGGCAUCAUGUUGGCCUGUGUCAACUUUGUGGUCCAGACCUCUCGCAAAUCCGCUAUCCGAGCCACCUUCUCGGGAGAAAUCGCCGGAUCGACAGUUCGUCGACCACCGAUCCAGCAGCAAUUCUUACACGAAGCUGGACAGCAGACCGUGAUUAUGAAGCUCGGUGGCUAUCUAUUCUUUGGCACAAUUGUCAACGUGGAGAACACCAUGCGUGGCCUGAUCCAGGAUGAUGCGUUCAGGAAGCAACCGAUCCGAUUCCUAAUUCUGGAUUUCUCCCGAGUGUACGGAUUGGAUUUCUCAGCUGCCGAGGCAUUCACGCGCAUCAAUCGCAUCCUCCGCAAGCGCAACGUCCAAACCACCAUUUCAGGUCUUAAUGUAGAAGGCGACGUCGGCAAGAGUCUUCAGAAUGUGGGCCUGUUCGAGCCAGAAACAGGUGUCCCGAUUUUCGAAGAUCUCAACUCCGCCCUCGAGUUCUGCGAGAACGACUACCUUAAGGUCUUCUAUAGUCGACAGGAAGCGUUAAUUAGCAAACCCAUGGAAUCAUCACACACCACCAACCGCCUCGACGUUCCCGUCCCCAUUCAACCAUCCUCUCAUUCAAAUCUAUCCGAAACCAUUGUCAGCUCCCCACGUGGUCAGUACCUUCAACGAGUCGCAACAACCACAAUCCGCGAACACGAAACAUCAAUCACAAUGAUGGCUGCACCGGCCUGGUCCACAAUGCGUCAACCCCUCCCGCUUCUCCUACAAACCUUCCAGGGCCUCUCCAACCAGAACGAAGACUUCUGGUUCCCCGCCUGCGCCUACUUCUCGCGCGAGGUUUACCCAGCUGGCACAAUCUUGUACCACGAAGGCGACGUUCCCCGUGCGUUUUAUCUCCUCGAGGCUGGUAUGCUUCGCUGUGAGUACGAGCUUCCCCAGGGUCGUUACUUCGAGCUUGUCGUCGCCGGUAGACCUUGCGGUGAACUUCCAUUCUUCAGCGAUACACGUCGCACAGCUACAGUCAAGGCUGAGCACGAAUGUGUGGCUUGGUGUCUGAGUGAUAAGAAAUGGAAGGCUCUUCAGGAGGCGGAGCCACGAGUCGCCCGUGAACUGUUGACUGUCAGUUUAAAAUUGACGACGGAGCGCAUGGACUGUAUUACUUCAUAUGUACUGACAAUGGCGGCUUGA